AUGGAAAACAUUUGGGGAGUUUGCGGAUUCGAUAUUCCAUUAUUUGGUGAAGCUGGCGAGGCAAGGCAAGGCAAAGCUAAUAGACUUGACUUUGUUGCUGACAGGUACCCUGCAAUAAGUAUCAAGAACUCGGAAAGGUCCAAGAGGGCUGCUCAAGGCAUCCAGAGAGUACACAUUUUAAACAAAGACCAAAACAUUCCAAAGCAGUGGAAAAAGUACUUAAGCUCUGGAGAAAACAAGGAAUCGUUAAUCGCGUUCCUAUGUGAUCACUGGAGGAGUUACAUUUCCUCGUCUCUAAGCCAUCUAGAUUGUAUAUACGUAACCAGAAAAGAGAAAUGCCUGUUGAUCACAUCUGGUACCACCCAGACCGAACACGUUUCAACGCGAGAAGUCCCCCAGCUGGAGUGUGACCACGAGGAAGCAGAUACGAUAUUACUCCUUCACUACAAGGCUGCAGCACUUUCCCAUCAACGUAUCAUCAUCAAAUCACCAGACACAGAUGUGUUUGUACUUUGUAUUGCUAUGCAGAAGACCAUUGGCAAGGAACUUCUUAUGAUGACAGGAACUGGCAACAAAUUUCGUCUAAUCGAUAUUUCUUCAAUAUUGAAUGUACUUGAUGAAGAGUUGUGCGCAUGUUUGCCAGGAUUCCAUGCUUUUUCUGGUAUAAUUAAUACAUAGGCAAUGUUUGCUAAAUUUUAAAUCAGUUAUUUUUAGACGACUAAAUCGGUUUUAUUUCUUAUCAGUUUCUUUCUUCCUGUUUUUUAUAGGAUGUGAUUCCACCAGCGCAUUCCUGGGCAAAGGUAAAGUAAAACCUUGGAAGGCACUGCAAAUGAAUCCGAGAUUCGUGGAAAUUUUUUCUCAGUUAGGAAGAUCAGCUGAAGUAUCCGAUGAGCUUGUCGUGUCACUGGGUACAUUUGUCUGUCUUCUUUAUGGCGAUCAGACAUCAACAUGUGUUGAUGAGUGCAGAUACCAGCUUUUUAAGUCAGGCAAGUAUUCCGACGAUGUUCUUCCUCCAGAUAGUGACAGCCUUCGGCAACGCAUUAAAAGAGCAAACUUUCAAGCACUUGCGUGGAAUCGGUGCCUACUAGCCCGAUUACAAGUUCCCCCUGCAGCUGGAAAUGGUUGAAAAUUGAAGAAUGGUCAAUUAGAAAUUGUGUGGACGACUCGCCCCUCUGUUCCAGAGUCCCUUCUUGAAUAUAUCAAUUGUAAAUGCCAAUCAGGUUGUAAGACAAAGCGCUGCGGCUGCUUAAAAUCUGGCCUGCAAUGUACCGAUCUAUGUAGGUGCAAAGACUGUCAUAAUGGUCAAGACGAAGAACAUAAUUUGGAGGAGAUCGAUGGGCAAUUUCCUUAUCUUAAUUCUACUGAAUGUGAUCCAGAAACAGACGGUGAUAUAUCUGAUGAUGAAUGCUAG